GUCCAGUUGCUCUUCUCUUUCCCCCAUAUUAUGGCUUGCCCCGUAAUAUUCCAGUCCUUAGAAGAGCUUUCACGUGAUGCUGUAAUUCACGAUGAAUUCUAGUAUGUAUGCGCGUGCGCGUGCAGCUGUGUCUAAAACCGUAAAAUAAAUAAUCCAGCGGCGCGCCCUUGAAGCUAGCACCAUCAAGGCAGUUUCCCGAGGACAGAAAUCGCAGUUUAUUGCGCAGGAGGUGCUUUGCACGGAAAUACUGUUGCAGAGACAGGUGUGGAAAAAACCAGGAGGGACAGAUAGGACGCCAGCCUCCAAUCCAAUAAUACCCUAGAGGCCUGGAGGAGGAAGCUUCUGUCUUCCACGCUAUUGGUGGAGCAAGCUGCCUUUUACCCGGUAUGGCACCCAAUGUGGAGCGCGGUGGGAUGAAAGGCCAGAGGCGGCAUUUCCCCGCAACCCCAUCCCUCCGUGUGCGUGAGCGUCUGGGUAACUGCUGGGUAACCGGCAGUUCACGUGUUGUUUUGCUCUUCGCGGGGACGAGCAAAGUGCGAGAAGUAACUCGCUGCGUCCGUGGUGCUGAAACUGACGGAGCUUGCGCAGUAGCCUCGGGCGGACAGAGGCGAAGGAGCGCGAGCUGACGUCCCUGUAGUGAUGACAUUAAUUCAGGAAAAUUAUUGUCAACAACCUUUUUGGCAAAUGAACAUCGGUGCCAGUGUUACCACUUGGAGUAAGGAGCUUCUUCUCAACCACAGGAUGGCCUCCUGAGUCUUCUUCUGAGUCCUGAUUGUCAAAGAAAGAAACACUAGGUAGAAGAGUUACUCUGAGGACAGAUGCACAACUUGGGCAUCUCCAACAUGUAGUUGGAGUGCAAAGGAAGCCGAAGACCCACGGGAGGUCACAACUCCCUGCCUUUCUGUUGGGAGGCUAAACAAUUUCUCCUAAACUCUGAGCAAAUGAGGUGUAAGAAACAUAUUCUGGGCUUUGCAGAACGCGAGCCAUGUCUACCACAAAUGAGGAAAAUAAACACAAGAACUUGUAUAAAAAGAAAAGUAAAAAGUUUUUAGUUAUACGUAGAAAAAUAAUCGAAAUGACAGUUGAAAUUCGCAAAAUACGGAAAGACGAACAGUUUUUAAAGCGAAGGAACAUCUGCUUUUUCCCUGAAGCCAGCCUGUCUCCCGUGAAAGAUAAAAACAUGGUUACUCAGAUCUCUUUAAAAGAUAUAGUUGAGCUGAUCCAGUCGGAUGAUCUAUUUCUUCAGCUGAAGGCAACCAAAGCAGUCAGGAAGAUGCUGUGCAAGAAGGUUCCACCCAUCAAUCAAAUAAUUGAAUCUGGAAUUAUUCCUAAACUGGUGGAGUUCUUGUAUUAUCAUGAUACUCCCAACUUGCAGUUCGAGUCUGCCUGGGCACUCACCAACAUUGCUUCAGGAACCUCUGAGCAAACCAAAGCUGUGAUAGAUGCCAAUGGUGUUCAGGGCUUUGUUGUCCUUUUGUCUUCUCCACACAUCCACAUCUGUGAGCAAUCGGUGUGGGCACUCGCCAAUAUUGCCGGAGAUGGAUCUGUCUACCGAGAUACUUUGAUCAACUUCGAUGUAAUUCCACCAGUUUUGUCACUGGUGAAGCUUUCUAACCCGGUGAGUUUCCUGAGGAAAGUCAUUUGGACCUUGUCCAAUUUCUGCAAACACAAAAACCCCUCCCCUCCCCUGGACGCUGUGAAGCAGAUGCUUCCCACCUUCACUUGCCUCCUGCAACACAAAGAUGAAGACAUUAUCUCUGACACCUGUUGGGCGAUAUACUACUUGACUAAUGCCACCCACCAUCACAUCCAGGUUGUGGUGGAGGCUGGAGUCCUCCCUCGGCUGGUGGAGCUCCUGUUUACCAACGAGCUGUCCAUUCUGACCCCAGCUGUGCGUGCUAUGGGCAAUGUGGUCACCGGGACAGAAGAACAGACCCAGAUGGCCAUCAGUGCGGGCAUUCUGUCCGUCCUGCCACAGCUCUUGCAUCAUCCCAAGUCAUUGAUCCAGAACGAGGCCGCGUGGACUUUGAGCAACAUUGCUGUUGGACCGUGCAGCCAAAUUCAGCAGCUGAUCACCUGCGGGCUGAUUCCUCCUCUGGUGGAGUUACUGGAGAAGGGAGACUACAAAGCCCAAAAGGAAGGUGUUUGGGCUGUGGCCAGUAUCACAAUGGGUGGCACGGUGCAGCAAGUGAUGUCGAUGAUCCAGGCCGGAGUCCUGAAACCUCUGCUCAACCUGUUGUCCAUCAAGGAUAACACCACUAUCCUUGUGAUCUUGGAGAGUCUCACCAACUUCUUCCAGACAGCUGAGAAGUUGGGUGAGAAAGAAAAAUUGGGCCUUUUGGUCAAGGAGCUGAAAGGUGUGGAGAAGAUUGAAGCCCUCCAGACACAUGAGGAUAACAUGGUCUCUCGCCCUGCUCUAGCCCUCAUUGAGAAAUACUUUUCUGGAGAGGAACUUGAAGACCUCUUCAGAUAAUAAAGAAAAACUCUGCCUGAUAUCUCCUUCUUUCUUCUCAUUGUUGUAAAAACAGUUCCAUCUAGAACAGACCUCUUCAGCUGCCCUUGUAGAAGCAUCCAUUAUGUUGUAC